AUGACCACACCUAUUCCAAAAUUCACCCCAGGAGAAGGUGUGAAUGAAAUAGAUGGGCUGAUCCACGGAGUCUCUGCUCAGGAGUUGCAGGCUCUGGGCGAAACAUGCUUUGAGGCAAAGACGAAGGCUUAUUGCCCAUACUCCCUUUUCCGCGUCGGCGCAUCCCUCCUCAUCAACCCCUCCGCCGCCCCCUCAUCCACCUCCACCUCCCCCUCCCCAACCCCCCAAAUCAUAACCGGCGCCAAUGUAGAAAACGCUUCGUACCCCGUCGGCACCUGCGCCGAACGCGUCGCCAUGGCCACCGCCGUGCACGCUGGCCACCGCCUCGGCGCCUUCAAAGCCGUCGCCGUCACCACCGACAUUGCCGACUUCUGCAGCCCGUGCGGCAUGUGUCGCCAAUUCCUGCGCGAGUUUUGCGCGCUCGAGAUGCCCGUGUUCAUGUUUAACAAGGAGGGCACGUUUAUUGUGAGGACGAUGGGCGAGCUGUUGCCCUUGAGCUUUGGGCCGGAUGUUUUGCCGCCGCGGGAGAAGUUGAGGGGGAAUCAUGAGGGGGAGGAGGGGAAGGCGAAGACGGCAUAG